AGAGUGCGUAUUAAUUCAGUAGAUUUUUUGCGGCUCCAAAAGUCGGACGUGUUCGUGGUUAUUUAUUUUAUUUUUUUUGUAAAUGCAAACACUUGCCAACAUUAAAUACGUGUACUGCAUUUGUUUAUAAGUGAGCGUGCAAUGAAUGCGAAUGCAACUGUAUUCGUUGUUACUAAGUGCGAUUGAGGACCAAUAGCAAAGACCGACAGCAACAACUACAAGUGAACAACACACAACAACAAUAACAACUAAAGCUGAAAUAGAAACAGAAACAACAACAACGCUUCUUUAGCGCAACUGAUUGAACUCCUCUCUCGCCGCCUGUGACACGACAACACAAAACAAAACACAACUCAACUGUUGUUAUUAUUGCUGCUGCCUGACCAAGGAAGAUCCAUAGCCAGCGAACGAAUUAUAAUCUAAUGAGACAACAACCCGCACGACUAUGACGGAGGAAAUAACCGGCAAUUGGAGCUAUUAUGUGUAUAUAUCACUAACAUUGGUUCCAGUCUAUUUGGCAUUUCAGCUCAUUAAGUUUUUGGGCUGGCAGCUAUUUGUGAACAACUGAGCAAAUAGCCAACAUACAGCCAACAACAAGAACGAUAACUAAAAAAACACUUGCCAGACUACAGACAGCAGCCAACAGCGAGCAGACAGCAGUCAGCAGCCAGCAGCCAACAGCCAACAGAAGAGUCAUAAUCACAAUUGAAAUUGGAAUUGCAGUUGAGAGUUUCGAGCUGAAGCCGAAGUUGGAAACUGCUGUUCUAAAAGGUGCGUAGUCACUUGAAGGCAGUCGCCGCUGUCAGUCGAAAGUCGUUGAGUGCGCGUAAAGGAGCGAAGAGUAGUGCUCUGAACACUGAAUACUGCAGGCGUAGCCCAAUUUUGAGCUCUAGGCAGAGAGCCAGGCGAGGCCGGGCCAGGCAGUCGUUGCAUCCAUACACAAACUACGCUCACUGAAAAGGAACCAUCCGGGGGACACGCUGGGCAUAUAAAAAGUAUUAAAACGAAAAGUAAAUACAAAUAGACAGAGAUAGAUAGAGAAAGAGGAAGAGAGAGAGAGAGUGAGUGAGUGAAAGGGUGAAAGAGUUUACGCUGUGGAAGCUAGAGAUCCUUAAGCGCAUGUCCUUUGCACAAGCCGUGGGAGUAUAUAAAACAUAAUUUGCCUAAGUAAAUAUGUUUAAAUUCAAUAAAAAUAGCGCAGUUAGCGCAGAGCACAGAGCAUGAAAGCAACGUAAACGAUAUAAAUAACAAAAUUAACCGGAAAAAAAAGAAACGGAAAAGAGCAAAAAUAACAGAACCCAGGCGCCAGCUGUUAGAAAUUUGUAGUCGAGUGUAGAAUAUUGAAAUCACAGAUUUAGUUGAUGCUACAGCCAGCGCCACAGCCACUGCCACUGCCGGCUGUUGGUCCACGCUGACCGCACAGAGAGUUCCUGAGACGCUGAGGCACAGUCGAGGAAAUGCAAAGCAAUCAACAUCAUAAACAGCAGCAGCAGCGGACAAAGGAACAGAAACAGGAGCUCAAGCUGAAGCUAAAGCAAGGCGAAUGCCAAAGACGCAAUCAUAGCCGUGGUAUCUAA